UUUUGAUCUUCUCCAUCAUCGUAAUGUUGGUUUUGAUUAACCUCAAAUUUUUUUUUCUACACGAAACCAAUACUUGCCCUAUAGAGCAAGUAAAAAUAAUCUCUUAUUGCCAAAAUAAAGAUAAAAAUCAUCAUUUUCAACAAAAAAAAAAGUGAUAACUAUUUUUUUUUGAUAAAAAUUGUCUUAUAAAUAGCUCGAAGCAAAACACAUUCAAUUUAUUAUUAAAAAUGUUUUCAUCACCUGCGUUGUUAAGUUUUCUUAUUCUAGCAAUUGUUGCUACAACAACUUUUGCCUAUCCAAAAGAAUCUAAAAAUCAAUUAAUUAAAGUAAUUAGUAAAAAUGAUAUUUCCAAAUUAACAAGUCUUCCAAAAGGAUUAGAAUUAAUUCCUUUAUCUCAAAAAAACCAUGAAACUAGAGGAUUAGUUCAAUAUUCAUUAGGAGAAGUUACAUCAAGUUCAAGAUUAAUUGCUACUGGUUCAGAUGAAUACUCAUGGGAUACGGAAAAAAACAUUCAGUUGGUUUUUGAAAUUCCAUCUUCAGGAGUGCCAAUUGGUGCUAUUAUAAUUCUUGCCGAUACAAGUUCUGAUGAGGGACAAGCUUAUGUUACAUCAGGUGGACUUGGAGAAGAAACAGCUACUAUUGUUUUGGAGGUUUUAAACACCAGUUGGUUAAAUUAUAAUAUCGAAGUGUAUUCGGGUUAAUAAAAACUGUGCAAUUAAGGUA